AACAAACAGUUCUUUGUCGUAGCCAACCAGCGACCUGCAGGCAUUGUGGGCUGUCUCCAUGCAGUCUUUGCAGCUCAAACUAACGUCCUAUAGAGCACUUCUACACAGGACUCCGACAACAUGAGGACGGCUUUACUGCUUCUGAUGGUUGCAACGACUGCACUGGCAUGUGUCGACCCAGCAUAUAGACGCAGCAAAAGGGAGGUCCUUCUUUCACGAAGCAAAAGACGAUGGGUUUUGUCUACAAUCGAACUAACAGAAGAGGACAAGGGGCCAUUCCCAAAAGAAAUAUCCCAGAUGUACAAUGACCAGCUUGGUAAAGUCGCUAGCCACCUCUUUAAGAUCAGUGGUUCAGGAGUAACAGAGGAGCCACUGGGGGUGUUUUCUAUUAAUGAGAACAAUGGAACGGUCUAUGCUCACAAACCCGUAGACCGAGAACAGAAAAGCUGCUUCCAUAUUAAGUUCGACAUUUUGGACAAGAAUACUGGGGAAAAACUGGACAAAGAGCUGUCUUUUGAUGUGGAAAUCAAAGACAUAAACGACAAUCCCCCGAAAUUUUUAAACUCAAGGAUAAAUGAGAAAAUCAAAGAAAGUGUGGAAGAAGGUUUAUUGCCAGUGCGGCUACAAGCAAUGGAUCCUGACCAACCAAAUUCCCCAAAUUCAACAAUGGAAUUCAGUCUACUUUCACAAACCCCUCUCGAUCCAAAAAUUGAGUUAGAGCUGAUUGACAAUAGAACAGCCCAACUUAAAUACAGUGGAUGUUUUGACUAUGAUAAAGCAAAAAAGUAUAUUAUUAUUGCACAAGUACAAGAUAAGGGAAAGCCACCUCUUUCUUCCACGGCAUCGAUCACUCUCAAUGUGCUGGAUACAAACACUCAUCUACCAACUUUUAAGGAAACUCAAUAUUUUGCUGAAGUCAAUGAAAUGGAAGUCAAAGAGGGGAUUUUGAGGGUGAAAGUGGAAGAUAAGGAUACACCAAGGACUCCUGGAUGGCAGGCCAAAUAUUCUUUCAUCAGUGGAAAUGAAGACGGAAACUACAAAAUUGAGACAGACCCCAAAACAAAUGAAGGCAUUUUCUCAAUUGUAAAGGGUAGAGACUUCGAACGGACGACAGAACACAAGAUACAGAUACAAGUGGAAAAUGUGGAGCCCUUGUUUUAUUGUAAAAAAAAUCCUGGCCCCGCUCCCAAACCUAACACAGCCAAUAUCACUAUCACAGUAAUUGAUGUGAAUGAUCCACCUACUUUUGACAAAGACAAAACUAAUGUACACCAAAAGGAAGAGGAUCCACCAGGUAAAACGGUGUUCGUCUCAAAAGUCACAGACGUGGACUCGGAUAUUGCCAACAUCAGGUUUCAGCUCCUGGAUGAUCCUGCCGGUUGGAUGAAAAUAGAUCCAAAAACAGGAAUAGUAACAACCAAACAGAAGAUGGACAGAGAAUCGCCCCUUGUUGUUGACAAUGUGUAUACAAUCCUCGUUGGUGCUAUAGAUGAUGGCAAGCCUCCAGCCACAGGUACCGGCACAGUCUAUAUUCACCUUAAAGACAUCAACGACAACAAGCCUACCCUGCUCAACGGUUCAAUGACAUACUGCACAAACAUGGACUCAAUCCCAGUGAGGGUCCAAGAUUUGGAUGACAACCCAUUCAGUGGGCCAUUUUCCUUUGCAUUUGAUGACAGUGAUAACAAACAGAAAGAAUACUGGCAACUAGAUCCAAACUUUGGUGAAGAAAGUGCACUCUCUAUGAAAAAGUCCCUUGCACUUGGUAAUUACUCAAUACCACUGGUUAUUGAGGAUCAACAAAACAUGAAGAACAGACAGACUCUCUCAGUAGUGGUGUGCGAAUGUGGAGCAAUGAACAACUGCCUCAAACAAUCAUCGUCACUGAAUGUCGGGGGAGCAGCCAUUGGACUGAUCAUAGGGUCACUUCUACUGUUUUUGUUACUGCUAUUGGUAUUUGUGUGCAUCUGUGGAAAACAAUUCGAUCCCAUUCCUAUAGUUGAUGGGGGAAACCAGAGUCUCAUUAAGUACAAUGAAGAAGGAGGCAGCUCAGAAUGCAAGGCUGAACCCUCGAUGUUUCUGACGACAACUACAACAAAUAAUAUUGCUGUCACAGAUGGGCAAGACACACUUCAGCCUGGGAUGCCAGCUUAUACAACUGAAGAAAUUAACCUGUACAACACUUACCAACACAAUUACGAAGACGAAAUUGGCAUAAACCAGGGACGAAUAAAUGGCAAUGGCAUGUACGACUAUGACACGUGGACCAAUAAGAUGGGCAUGUACAUUGGCACAUACCGGCAUAGCCGCUACAAUCUUCAGGUCAACCAGCACAUUUCAGAGCACCUUCAAAGGAAACUGCAAAUGCUGUCCAGUGGCCAAGGAGAAGAUGUAGAGUACCAGCCUCAUGAGUACGCCUAUGAGGGACAAGGCAGCCGGAGCCAAUCACUAGACCAACUUUCUUUGGGCAACUUGGAUGACCUGCAGUUUCUGAAUGAUUUGGGGCCAAAGUUCAAGACCCUGGGGGGAAUCUGUCAACAGGCCACUGAGCAGAAUAUACAUUUCUGA